AGCUGCAUCUUUAGAAUUUGUCACUCUAAAUGGAGCUUUUAUUUUAUCAUAUGUUUCAGCACAAUAGAAAGCUGGGAAAUUAUAAGUAUGGCCAAUAUUUACAACGGGUACUCCUUGAGUUUCCUAAGAACACAAGAAAAUAAUAUUUCAAUUGAUCAUAUAGGACAGAAAUUAUUGUUCAUAAAUAUAUCAAAAAUAACUAACUAGAUAUUCUAAUGUUUUGUCAAUAUCCAAAAUAGACUUAACACCGGAACAAACAACAGCAAUGGGUGUACGACUGAGUUCUAUUAAGUCUGUACUUAUAUCAAAGGUAGUUUCUGCUUCUCUGUGUACACCACCUAUACCACCUGUAGCCAUAACUGGUAUGCCUGCUAAAUUUGCUAUAGACAUUGUAGCACUGACUGUAGUUCCUCCAUUCAAUUUUUGCAAUGCAACAGAGGAUAAAUCUCUGGCUGCACAUUUAAUAGCAGAAUUUGUUUUAGACAAUAUUUCCAAGUGUUCACUAUCAAGACCAACGUGUAUCUUUCCAUUUAUAAUUCCUAUUGUCGCAGGUACUGCUCCCUAAAUAAAAAGUUUCAAAGUUUAAGUAACGAAUAUCUAUUAAAUAAAUUAUUCAUAUAGAAAGUAAUCUAUUGAAGUAUAGAUGUAUCACUGAAUCUUGAAUUGCAAACAUAAACAUUAAUAUUCAUUGAAUUUCACAAAGAAUCAAUUAUAUUUUAUAGAUGUCGCGUGUGAUAUGGUUAAAAAGAAAAUAAAGAAAAUGAAGAAACAAAAAAAAAAAAAAAAAAGAGAAAAAAAAGGAAGGAAAAUAAAUAAGUCUUGUAAAGCGAACGUAUCGCUUUUUACACGCACUUGUUUUCUCACAGCAUCUUCGACUUUAAUUGCGGUAUUAAAGUUUUCAGGAAAAGGCAUCCCAUGGGUUAUAAUGGUUGAUUCCAAUGCUAUUAUCGGUUGGGAAUUUUUUUUCCCUGCAAUCACGUCGUCCCCAUAAAUAAUAUGUUUGCAUCGAUUCGUAAUGGAUCGAGAAGAAAGAUCGUUGUUUAGAACAUCGAUUUUUCUCAAUUUUUUCCAAAAGUUAAUCAGACGCAUGACGUUCGAAUAGCUUCGAAAACGUUUUUAAUCGUUAACACGGUUCAACUUAAAACUCUAAUGGACUUAAGAAAGUUUAACAAAACGUCUUUUAUCUUAGUAUAUAUUUUAAUUUUUAUCCAAUAUGUUUAAUAUUAUCGUUCUAUGCGUUUUUAUCUAAUAUGCAAGGACAUAUGCACAAAUGCAUUGAUCCAUAAGAGAGAAAUGAUAAUAUUUACAUUUAAUGUUUCACGAAUACAUGCACAUAUGUAUUUCUGUAUAGUAAUGCAUUGAAACUAUAUACAGUAUAGAGCGUGUAUAAAAAAGAAGCAGAAGAAAUCGAAACAAAAUCCAUGGAUAGAAUUUAUAAACAUAUAAGUGACGUUCUUUAGUUCGUGGACGACUCACAGACAAGCAAGAUACAAUGAUAACUCAACAAAAACUUUAUUUGUGUGCUUACAAUGCAAUACAAGUGUUAGGUUGGUCUUGGAUAUUAUAUACAUUGAUAUCUCAUUAUGGAGAUAGUUCAUCAAAUAUUAAUCUUUGGGAUAAAAUUUGGGUUCCUUUAUUUAUUUUUCAAAGUUCCGCUUAUCUUGAGGUAAUACAUGCAAUAACGGGAUUAAUUCGAUCCAAUCCGAUGAUAAUACUGAUACAAAUUUCUAGUCGUGUAUUUAUUUGUGUUAUAUUAUUGUCAUUACCAACGGAUUCCAUUGGAUCAUCGAUUAUUUUACCAUACACUUUCAUAUCCUGGUGUAUUGCAGAGAUCACUAGAUAUUCUUAUUACUUUAUGAAUCUUAUUGGAUAUAUACCAUAUUUUCUAAUGUGGUUGAGAUACUCUUUAUUUAUGGUACUUUAUCCAAUUGGUAUAAGUGGAGAAAUUUUGUGUAUAUAUAAAGUAAUUGUUCAUUCCAUGUCUAAUCCAAAACUAUGGAGUUAUAUAUUGCCUAAUCAAUGGAACUUUACAUUCAGUUUUUUGUACAUGUUAAUAAUGGUCCUAAUAAUAUAUAUUCCAGGUUCACCCAUGUUAUAUAAACACAUGUUUUUACAAAGGCAGAAAAUGUUAAAUACAAAAAGUAAAGCAGAAAAAGUAAAAUAGAUAAUUUUUGUUAUUUUUUUUCAUAAUACUUAAUAUGUCAUAUUACUUUGUACUAUAUUAUAUUUCUCCAAGACAUUGUAAUUAAAAUAUAAAAUUUUACAAAGAAAAA